CAGGCACAGGAAAUCGAAGUUUGCAUGUUGACAGGGCACGGCGACAGCGCAUUCUGAGACGGGCUCCAAACAGAUGACGCAUGGAUUAGCCACCUCGUCACGCUCCUGCUGCCCUCCUACCUCCUGCAGAGUCCGUUGCAGAAUUUCCUGUUGAAUGUCGACAUCGUCCGACAUCAGACCGACAUCCGAGAGCGCGCGCGAGAAGAGAGCCUUGCAGGACCUUUGAUGGGAGACCGGAUCAGGGCCAUCAGGCACGUCGGAGUGUUGGCGGAGGAAGUCACGUUGUGGUCGGCGAUGGCGAAAAUUCCGCGGCGAAACCGCCGCUUGCUCAACCCGACGCCCGCCAGCAAGCGACGAAAUCAUCAUCAGAAGAAGAAUCCUGCUCCAAGAAAUGCACUAACAGACGCAGCGUUUGGUCGCCAGUCCCAUGGUUUGCAGAAAAUGAGAUCUGCCAAAGCUGUCGUGGCAGAGAACGCGUCUCGCCAGGAUCUUGCCUCUAUGUCGCGCGGACACGCCAAUGGGGCGAUGGCCCAGGACCAUCACCGGUCACCCUCACGCACUCUUACAGGUCUACGACGAUGGUCGAUCAUCAAUAGGAGCCUGCCAGCCGUAUCGCAGGUAAAAGCGAUCCACGUCUACGAUUUCGACAACACAUUGUUUUCAAGCCCUCUCCCAAACCCCCAAAUAUGGAAUGGCCCGACCAUCGGGUUCCUGCAAGCCUACGAGAGCUUUGCAAACGGAGGAUGGUGGCACGACCCGAACCUCCUUGCCGCCACGGGGGAUGGCAUCGAAAAGGAAGAACCUCGCGGAUGGGAAGGAUGGUGGAACGAGCAGAUUGUGCAAUUGGUCAAGCUCAGUAUGGAGCAGAAGGACGCCCUCACGGUGCUCCUGACCGGCCGGAGUGAGAGCGGCUUUUCUGACCUUGUCAGACGCAUUGUGGACAGUCGGAAACUGGAGUUUGACCUGAUUUGUCUCAAGCCCGAAGUUGGCCCGAACAAUGCGCGGUUCUCCACGACCAUGGAGUUCAAGCAAUCGUUCCUUGAAGAUCUCGUUCUCACAUAUGAGCAGGCCGACGAGAUUCGCAUCUACGAGGAUCGGGUGAAGCACGUCAAAAUGUUCCGAGAUUACUUUGAGCAGCAGAACCGGAGAUUCCAGGCCCUGUCCGCCCCCUACCCCCGAAGACCCAUCAGCGCGGAGGUGAUUCAAGUAGCGGAAGGGUCGUUGUAUCUUUCACCGGUCCUUGAAACCGCCGAAGUGCAGCGUAUGAUCAACUCCCACAACCUUUCCAUUCGCAGCCCGUCCCUCAACGGAACCAAGUCGCCGUACGGUCGGCUCCGCAUCAAGCGGACGAUCUUCUACACUGGUUAUUUGAUAUCGAAUACGGACUCUGCUCGUCUGAUCAGUCAGAUCCUGACGCCCAUGCUGCCCUCGGGGCUUGCUGAUUCCAAUGACUUGAAGUACAUGGCUAACAGUAUACUAAUCACGCCGCGGCCCGCGCCUCGGUCGAUCCUGGAGAAGGUAGGCGGCAUCGGCAAGAAGCUGAGCUGGCAGAUCACCGGCACUGCAGUCUUCGAGAACCGGGUCUGGGCCGCGCGGCUGACCCCCGUUCCGGCGACCGAGAAGUACUACACCGAGAACCCGUCGCCCAUCGUGGUGCUGGCGGUGCGCAAAGGGGCGCGACCGAUAGAUGCUGGCAAGAUCCAGAACUGGCAGCCCGUGUCCGCCGACAAGGCCGUGACGCUGGAGACGGUCGUCGGGGAGAAAGUAGUCCUGCGCGUGGAAGAGGAGAACCCCAACAAGGGCGAGUGGGAAAGCCAGUUCUUGAACAAAAAUAACAAGCGGCGUCAUCGGCAGGAUCACGAUGAUUAUGCUCAUGCCCAUCACAACCCGCAUGACGAGCAACCCCAUGGCAGGGCGCAUCCCUACAAUCGUCACGGGGCCCAUGGUCGACACCAUGACGACGGACCUCGUCGCGGCUCCCACCGUGGCCGUGGCCGUGGCUCUGGUGCGCGAGGACGAGGACAUGCCAAUCGAGGCGGUGCUCGAGGGCGUGGGCGUGGGCGCGACGCUGGGCCUCCCAACUAUAAGUCGUUAGACGACUAUGGCGGGCACGAAGGCAGCUUUGAAGACAAGCCCGGUCCUGGUCCCGGUGGCCCAGUGAUGAAUUAUUGAUUGAGACUUUGAAGCAAAUAACGCAUGCGUCUUUACUAUCUUCCAGCGGAUUCUCGAUGCAAGAAUUUCAGCUAUUUGGCGGACUGUUCCGUAUCUUUUUUCUUUCCGAUACAUAUCCCUUAUCCUUUACUUUUGCGCAGUCCAUGGAUCGGUUAUCAUGGCAGGUAACCCGACGAUGCCUUUUUCAUAGAAUCUGGUUGGAUUCCACCUUAGUCUAGGUCAGAUAAUACCAAUUCUUUUUUUUUUUCUCC